AAACUUCGGAACUUCUCUCUGAAAGCCGACUUGUGUGUUUCAUUGAGACUUCCCCGUGCACGUAGGAGAGCAAAGAUCGAGAGGAAUGGCUGAAUUCAGGGGUAUCCUGUCCAGGGGACAGAAGGCAAUCCUGCCCAAGCGGCAGAGGAUAAAACAUUCCUUACAGUUCUUGGGGGCUCGUCCGGGAUAUCAGUGUUCGGACCUCGCGCAGCGCAAUUCAUGUCCAAUGGGAAAGCGCCGAGGACUGAGCCUAGCUCUCUGAUUGGUCCGUCGCGGUGGGUGUUGUUUCCGCAUUCCGCGGUGACUGUAAACUGAGAGGCUGCGCUGUCGCUUAUUCUGCAGCGGAACAGUGAGCGAAAUCCUCAGGGGAAAAGUCGUGCCACAGCUGUGCGUGGAGAACCGACAAUGCCUUACAUGCUGAUCAGCACACAGAUCCGGUUGGAGACCGGGCCCACCAUGGUAGGUGAUGAGUUUUCGGAUGCUAACAUCAUGAGCUAUCUGGGAGCAAGGAAAACCCUCAUGCUUGGCAACAACUUUUCUGAAUACCAUGUGGAUGAACCAGCACGGAUAGUCCUGGACAAGCUUGAGAAGCUCGGAUACAGAGUCGUAUCCAUGACAGGAGUUGGUCAGACUUUAGUGUGGUGCCUUCACAAAGAGUCUAGUGUGCUUUUGUAAAAUCCUAUGAUGUCAUAAAAAACAGCAUUUUAACACACAUGAAACCACAAGGUUAUCUGUUCUAAGCAGGUUUGAGCAGUUUCGACAUGAAACUAUUGUUGAAAGUGCAAUGGCUGGAUUUUAUUCCAUUGUGAAAAUGUUUUGUAAUUAAACCUACAAACUGAGAAUUUCUCUAUUUCUAAAGCUGAUCACACAUGACAUUAUGAAAUCAAUUCAGAAACAUUGUUGUUUAUUCCUGUUUAGAUGUUUAGAUGUAUGUACUUCAAAUAAACCAUAUGAAAGGCAAGUAUACAUAUAUCUGUCAUCCUGUCUGAUGCUUAAUUAAAUAUAAUUCUACACACUGUAAAAUCUUGUUUUGUGAGAAGCACACUCUCAAUAUUAAUAUUAAUAAACUAAUUCAAGCACCUAAUUUCUCCUGUCAUAGUUUAGUUUGUUGCUUUUUUUUAGGUUUUUGCUGUGUGCUGAGUUGUUUACAUUUAUUUUGCUGAACCGUGUAAGUUUGGUAUUCCAUCUCAUUUAACACCUAUUGUAAUCAUUAGAAAGUCAUAAAGGCCUUCGGGCAUAAAUGUGGUUGGUUAGAAUUUGAAAAAAAUAAAUCAGUGGCGAUAUAAAUGUAAUAUCCUUUUUGUGCUUCCAGCAAGAGACUGAAUAAAAAAUAAAACAUUAAAGAAGUUUUUCACUUAA